UGAAAAUCCCGUAGAUCCCCGAUUUUCAGAAACCGCGUGUCUCUACGCGCGGAGGAGUUCAGUUUUGUUGGGGUGGUCUUCAGAAGCGAGGGCAUACUGAGUGCGUCCCUUGGUUCUGCUUCGCUCUGAAGUGAUGGCUAUAAAAGAAAGCGGCUUGGAAGAAAAUAUUUGGUUUCUGUGACAGCUUGCAGAUUAGUUAUUAUCACGUCUGUUUUAGGUAGAAACUGAAAGCCAUCUUAAACAUACCAGGUGCAGAGCACAACACAGUAACCAUGAAUGACAUUGCACAGAAAACUGAGAUUCUGCUUUCUUCAUCUAAACCUGUCCAAAAGUCCUAUGUGCCCAAGCUUCACAAGGGUGAUGUAAAGGAUAAAUUUGAAGCUAUGCAGAAAGCAAGGGAAGAAAGAAAUCAAAGGAGAUCUAGAGAAGAAAAGCAAAGAAGAAAAGAACAAUAUGUUAGAGAGAGAGAAUGGAACAGGAGAAAGCAGGAGAUGAAAGAACUGCUUGGAUCUGAUGAAGACGAUGACACCAAACUAUCUAAAAUAGAAAAGGGUUAUGUUCCAAAGCUCAUAGGAACCGUUAAAGGCAAGUUUGAAGAAAUGGAGAAGCAAAGGCAAGAAGAAGAAAGAAAAAGAACGGAAGAAGAAAGAAAGCGCAGAAUUGAACAAGACAUGAUUGAGAAAAGAAAAAUACAAAGAGAACUGGCAAAAAAGGCACAGGAGAUUGAUGACUUUAACAAUACGGGAACUGAAUCAGCAGCUGAGGAAGGGGAUGAUUCACUGCUAGUUACAGUAGUGCCUGUAAAAAGCACCAGGACACCUGGGAAGAUGAAAAUAAUCUCUGAGAACACUGGAAAGGAGAGAGCAGAACAAAUAAAGACACAGGAUGAAGAAAUGAAGCUAAAAUAUGAGGAACAAAACCAAUUCCUUAAGGAACCCAAGUGCCUUUCAUUUGUCAAGGGUGAAAAUGAAAGCAAUGAAACUCAAGAGCCUCUGUCUCCUGGUAAGCUGAAAGUCACAUUUGAAGAACUGGAAAGACAAAGGCAAGAGAAUCAAAGGCGGCAAGCAGAGGAAGAAGCAAGACAGCGUCUGGAAGAGGAAAAACGUGCCUUUGAGGAAGCCAGGCAGCAAAUGAUAAAUGAAGGUGCUGAUGAAGAAUCUGAAAAUACUGUUAAAGAAUUCCGCCCUGGUAAACUCAGACUCAGUUUUGAGGAGAUAGAAAGACAGAGGAGAGAAGAGGAAAAGAGGAAAGCAGAAGAGGAUGCACGACGACGCAUAGAAGAGGAGAAAAGAGCAUUUGCUGAAGCAAGGAAAAACAUGGUGCUGGACGAUGAAUCACCAGAAAUGUUUAAAACCUUUUCUCAAGAAUCUCUCAUACCUGGUAAACUGGAAAUCAAUUUUGAGGAGUUGCUAAGACAAAAAAUGGAAGAAGAAAAGAGGCGCACAGAAGAAGAGCGCAGGCAAAAGUUAGAAAUGGAAAGGCAAGAAUUUCAACAGCUGAGACAAGAAAUGGGAGAGCUGGAAGAAGAGUCUGAAACUUUUGAGUUAAGCAAAGAGUAUGAAGAAUUGAUAAAGCUAAAAAGAAGUGGUUCUAUUCAGGCAAAGAACUUAAAAAGCAAGUUUGAAAAAAUAGGACAAUUGUCUCAAGAAGAAAUACAGAAGAAGAUUGAAGAAGAGCGAGCAAAGAGAAGAGCAAUGGAUGAAGAAAUAAGAGAAAGGGAAGCUGAAAAAUUUCAAGAGGAUGAUGAUGUAGAUGUGACACCAGCCAAGAAAUCUGAGGCUCCAUUUACUCACAAAGUAAACAUGAAGGCUCGUUUUGAGCAAAUGGCAAGAGCCAGAGAAGAAGAGGAGCAGAGGAGGAUUGAGGAACAGAAAUUACUACGCAUGCAGUUUGAACAAAAAGAAAUUGAUGCAGCAUUACAGAAGAAAAGGGAAGAGGAAGAAGAAGAAGAGGGAAGCAUUAUUAAUGGUGCUACUUGUGAAGAUGAGGAUCAAGCUCGAUCUGGAGCUCCCUGGUUCAAGAAGUCACUGAAAAACACAUCAGUUGUUGAUGGCGAGCCAGUGAGAUUUACAGUUAAAAUUACUGGAGAACCAAAACCUGAAGUUACAUGGUGGUUUGAAGGGGAAAUGUUGCAGGACUCUGAGGACUAUCAAUAUAUUGAAAGAGGAGAAACCUACUGCCUUUAUUUGCCAGAAACCUUCCCAGAAGAUGAAGGGGAAUACAUGUGUAAAGCAGUCAACAACAGAGGCUCAGCUGCUAGCACCUGUAUUCUCACCAUUGAAAGUAAGAGCUAGCAUUUUAAUCUGCUUAAAUCUCAGUCUUCUUGCCUCUUUCCUGUUAUGAAAAUCUAACUUCCUGUCUCUCUUAAUCCUUUUUCUGUUUUCUAGCUGAUGACUACUAAUGCUCUACUUUAGCUGGAAACUUUCUUCCCCUCAACUUUCUUACUGCAUCAUCUCUUUCUCUGAUGGGGCCAACUAAAGAAAGCAAGGAUGUGCAUUAACUUGUCAUUCCUGCAAGAGUUAAGAAUAUACCCUUCAAAUUGCGAGAGCUCCCUACUCAAAGCACAAACUAGUAUCAAAGGCUAAGAAUAAAAAAAUCAAUGUAUGAAAGACCAACUGAAGGAAAAAGCUGAAUUAUCAUAGUGCUCCACCAUCUGAAGACCAACUCUGGUGUAACAGAAUAAAGCUGAAUACACGAUCUGGAAACUUGUGUAGUAAUGUAAAUCUAUUGGUGUAUCUUGCAUGAGCACUGAAUAUUUAAGCUGUUUUGCUUUAUCCAGAGGCACUGAACUGGCAAAGGAAACACUUACUGAUGAUUUUCAAAAACCCAAGUGUACUAUUUUUAAAGAAUAAAAGAUGAUGUAACUGCUCACAAUUAUUUCAAGGAGCAUAACCUCUUUUGUUUUAAAAUGGGCUUGCAUUGAAAAUAUUCUGCUCUGAUCAACCUAUGCAGCUGAUAAUCUCAAAGAAGAACAAUCUCCUUUAGGUUUGUAAUAGUCUUCAAAGUACCAACAGUUGCUUGUAAAACUUGUGAUUUUUUGUCAUUGAUUAAAUGACACGGAAACAGGCGGUGACAUCUAUGACUGGCUCAUAUUUGAAGCUGGUAAAAAAUAAGCUUUAAGACAAAUAUUUUCAUUAAGUGCCUAUUUUCUCAAUCUUAACACAGUAAGUUAAGAUCCCAUAUCUCUGAACACUGUUUCCUUCGGGCUACUGUACUAUUUCUCUCUAACACCUGAAAUCAACACUCAUGUCACUCUGCUAACACCCAUGUGAACUAUUCAGAUUAAGCCUCUGGAGGAGUAACUUUACAAAAAAAAAAUUCACAUUUUAAAGUACUUGUGUACAGGCCUUGACAUAAAGGCAAGGUAAACUGCAGGAGAUUAAAUGUAUGCAGUCAUUUCAAAAAGGAA